AUGAGGAGUGGAGCAGAACGUAGAAGAGGACUCUUGAACGCAGACGGCAGCAGGACAGGAAGUCUUUGUGAAGUACUAGUCUUGAUUGCAGUCACAAGUAUGUGGGCUUCAAGAGGAUUUUAUUCGGAAGUGUUUGUUGGUAAACUAUUCAUGGUUACCUCUUGGAGUUACUAUCAUCGCAAUACUCUAGCUGCAGUUGCACCGGAAGCAGCUCGAGAUACUUACCUAGUCGAACGGGAUAAUGCCCUUGCGGCUUUAGAUACUGCCAUUAAUGAUUUAAAUGGCGAGAGAACAAGCCAUAAAGCAACAAAAGAUGAACGAGAUAUUGUCAUUGAUGAACGAAACAAACUCCAAAUGGAAUUACAAGAUUUAAAGAUAACCGUGGCCGAUUUAACCAAACAACUUAAAACUAAGCAACUAAGAAUAAUUUCCUUAGAAAAUGAUAAGGGUGAUUUAAUGCAGAUUAACCUCUGCUAA